AUGGGCGUUGACUGCGGCUUUGAUGUUUAUCCCUCGCUUAUCGAGGAUCUGCAGGGCUUGUACGACGUUUUCCUUGACGAGGUCAUCGAAAAAUAUAAAAAUGAGCUCAAUCCUAGUACUGGCGAACCCCUUAUCCAGAUUAUCGGAAAACCAGAAACCAAGAACGCCUACAUCUUCUUUAAUGUUGGGGAAGGCCCAAUACUACCUUACCGCUGCGAGUACUUCUUGCGCUUCGAAUCUAAGCUUGUCAAGCGGGACAACGUAUUUCCGUAUCUUGAGGGUGUUUACCUGAUUGCGCGACGGUACUUCAACGGAUUUGUCCAGUUUUGGGCAAGUGGAAUGUCGCCAGCUUGGAUUGGAGUACCGAAUGCAAAGACGGAGGAAGGACCCGUCCGUACGGACCAUGAACAUAUAUACAAGAUGAUGCGAGAGAUAUUACGUUUGGUGGAGGAAGAUCGAGAGCGAAGUACACAAGUUGACUCUGGAAAGGAAGCUACUUAA